CUGUUAUUGACACGGUGAAAAAGAAAAACAAAAAAAAAAAUAUCUUUGAGAAAGAAACGCAAUAAACCCCAUGUUUAGAGGCCCUUAAUGGAUUGUGGUCUACUCCCAGUAGCAAAUUUCUAAAACUUUAAAGAAAAAAGAAAACGUUUGGGCUACUGAAGCCCAAUUCAUAUUAACUCAAAUCUUAUCUUCGAACGAAUAACCAGAAAAACGAGCCAAUUCCUCUUCCCAAAGCGCCAACCAGACAAUUGACCCAAUCCCCAAAAUCCACCGCCGACAUUACAACCACCGCAAUGCCAGUCUUCAAAACACCUUUCAACGGUUACUCCGUCAAAUUCAGCCCAUUCCACGAAACACGUCUCGCCGUCGCAACCUCUCAAAACUUCGGCAUCCUCGGAAACGGUCGCGUCCACGUCCUCUCUCUCCCUCCUACACCGUCGCUCCCUCUCACCGAACUCAUCUCCUUCGACACCGCAGAUGGCGUCUACGACAUCGCAUGGUCUGAAUCACACGACUCUCUCUUAGUCGCCGCCGUAGCAGACGGCUCCGUAAAACUCUACGAUAUCGCUUUGCCACCAACGCAAAAUCCUCUCCGAUCACUGCAAGAGCACACGCGCGAAGUCCACUCCGUUGACUACAAUCCCACGCGCCGUGACUCAUUCAUAACAUCCUCAUGGGAUGACACAGUUAAACUGUGGACUCUUGACCGUCCAGCUAGCAUCCGUACAUUUAAAGAGCACGCAUAUUGUGUGUACUCGGCCACUUGGAAUCCACGUCAUACCGAUGUUUUCGCGUCGGCAUCGGGGGAUUGUACUGUUAGGAUUUGGGACGUGCGUGAACCGGGCUCCACAAUGAUGAUACCGGGUCAUGAUUUUGAGAUAUUAUCGUGUGAUUGGAAUAAGUAUGAUGAUUGCAUAAUUGCAACUGCUUCAGUUGAUAAAAGUAUUAAGGUUUGGGAUGUUAGGAGUUAUAGGCAGCCGAUGAGUGUGUUGAAUGGUCAUGGGUAUGCAGUUAGGAAAGUUAAAUUUUCGCCGCAUCAUAGGAAUUUAAUGGUUUCCUGUUCUUAUGAUAUGACUGUUUGUAUGUGGGACUUUAUGAUUGAGGAUGCAUUAGUUGGGAGGUAUGAUCAUCAUACUGAAUUCGCGGUUGGAGUUGACAUGAGUGUGCUUGUUGAAGGAUUGAUUGGUAGUACUGGCUGGGAUGAGUUGGUUUAUGUUUGGCAGCAUGGGACCGACCCUCGAGCGCCUUGACAUAGGGAAGUGUUGUUUCUUACAAUUUUUUUUUUGUUAUAUCUUAGUUUUGCAAAACAUAUAGGAAAGAAAGAAGAAAGAUUGAUGAACGAUAUUGUUGGGAUAAUUGUGAAAAGUCUCAAACUUUGAUGAAUAACUAUUAAAUUGUCCCUUAUAUGAUAGUUUUAAUAAUGCGAUAGAGUUUGUAUCAGCCCAUGCUUGUAUAACAGUUUUGAUAAUGCAAUUGUGUUCAUACA